AUGAUCUCGUGUGCUGAGCAGCGAAGCCGGCAGGGAGAGGCCGGCAGAGGCCCGGCUCCGGUGGCUCCAGCUUCCCUCCUGCUCUGGUUCCCCCGGGGCUGUUCUGGAAUUCUCUUGGUGCUCGCUGUUGCCAUGCACUCAGCUGGACCUCACAGAGCUGAAUCCCUGAUGAGCAAGCAAGAAGAGAAGGAUGCUGAGCUGGAUCGCAGGAUAGUUGCCCUGCGCAAGAAGAAUCAAGCCUUAUUACGUAGGUACCAGGAAAUCCAGGAAGACCGUCGGCAGGCUGAGCAGGGGGGUAUGGCUGUGACCACGCCAGAGCUCCUCCGACCUGAUGGCCUCACUGUCACCAUCAGCCAGAUUCCUGGUGAAAAGCGGGUGGUCAGCAGAAACUGGGCAAGGAGCCCCCUCAAACCUGGAGUGGCCCAUGAGAUGCUUGAGGAUGAAGAUGAUGGGGACCAAACUUUCUGUUUGGGGGAACGAGUGGAGCUGGCCGUGACCAUGGAAAAUAAAGCCAAGGCCAAACGGAUCGUAAGUGAAAAGCCUGCCAGAGCAAGGAACCAGGGGACAGAUCAGCCACUUGGAGCAAGCCAGGGCCACAGCCCCUCCAUGCAGAUAGCCACCAGCUCAGAUUCUUCACGGAAGGGUGCUCGUGAACCCCGGAGUCCCGGCGUGGUCCCAGGCCUAGCUCCCAGAAGGCCAAUGGGGGAGCCCCCAGAGGUGGGCUGGGACUAUGCACAGUGGAAGCAGGAGCGGGAGCAGAUUGACCUGGCGCGCCUUGCCCGGCACAGAGAUGCACAGGGUGACUGGCGCCGCCCGUGGGACCUGGACAAGACCAAGCCCACGCUACAGGACUGCAGCAAGCCUAGGGACGAGGGCUCGGCCAGGGCGGGAGGCAGAAGGGGACCCAGGACCCACUGGAAGAUACAGCCCCCACCAUUGCCACCUGAUGGAAAAGGUCGGGGUGGACAGCUUGGCAGACCCUCGGUGGCGAUAGCCACAGUCAGCAAAGCCCGAGGAACAGAAAGGCUGACUGGCAGAGCCCGAAGGUGGGACAUGAAGGAAGAUAAAGAGGAGCUGCAGAGUCAUGAAGGAAGCCAGAGCCCCAGAAAGACAUCCAGUGCAGAGGAGGAGCGUGAACAGAAGCAGAGCGAGACAGAGCCAGGCCGACUAGAAAGGAUUCCUGCAACUAGCUCAACCCUGUCAUCCCCAGAGGGGCCACAAGGGGACACAGCAGCCUCCACAGCCAGUUCAGUCCCUUGCUCUCCAGAAGAAACUGACUUGGCUCCCCUUGACCUCUCUCUAGGAGGAGCCAGCAGUCCUGGGCCUGGAGAGAGCAUUUGUAUGCUCAGUCCAAGGCCUGAGGCCCAGGAGAGUUCUGUGUCCUGGCCAGAUGGCUCUGAGAAGCAGUCCCUGGGAUGGAAUGCCCAGCAGUCUGGGCUAGAUGUCCAGACUUGCUCUGAGCCACAAAAAGGAACCGGGGUUUUAGAGCCCAGAGAGGACAAGUCUAGCAAGGUAGGGGCCCAACAGAGACUGGUAUCAAGAAGCAGGGCCCCCAGAGGAACAGGUCAAAGGGGAAGAGGCUCAGGUGUGAGGAGUAGGACAGGAGGUCCUGGCCCUUCAGGAAGAUGCUGA